CUUUGUGCUGGGCAGAGCUUCCCUGCACCCAGGCACCCUGGGAGAGGGGGGCUGCUGGACAAGCCUCCCCAGGCAGCACCCAGAGACAGGCUGGGAGGAAGCAGCCACUGCUGAGCUCUGGGGCAGGUGUGUGAGCUGGUCUGAGCCUGGCACUGCAAGCCUGAGCUAUGCCACAAGAGGUGUCCAAGCUGAACCUGGGGAAGAAGAUCAGCAUCCCCAGAGAUGUGAUGCUAGAAGAGCUUUCUCUCCUCACUAACAAAGGAUCCAAGAUGUUCAAAUUACGUCAGCUAAGAGUGGAGAAGUUCAUUUACGAGAAUAACCCUGAUGCCUUCACUGACAAUUCUGUGGAUCACUUUCAGAAGUUCAUCCCACCAGGAGGGAGCUAUGGGGAAGAUGCUCAUGGCUACGCCCAUGGGCGGAUGGUUGGAGGAACGGCAGCUGGACAGCACGGCUCCAGUACGCAGCAGCAGCCCGGGGUCCCUCCCAGGCCUGGAAGCAGAGCAGGAGCUACAGAUGGAGAAGGGGAGCAUGCAGGGAAAUCAUCUGGAACUGGUGGAGAAGGAGGCAAUGGUACUGACAAAGAUGGGAAGUCAGGAGGCAAAAAGGUUACUAUAUUUAAAACUUAUAUUUCUCCUUGGGAAAGAGCGAUGGGUAUCAGCCCUGAGGACAAAAGUCAGUUCUCCACGGACUUACUGUCAUACAGCCCCAAAGCCGAUUUCCCCCACUACAAGUCUUUUAACCGGACUGCCAUGCCUUACGGGGGUUUUGAAAAAGCAGCCAAACGGAUGACCUUCAAAGUGCCUCAGUUUGAUAUCUGCCCUUUGCUCCCAGAAUCUCUCAUGAUAUAUAAUCAAAAUUUCAGCAAAAGACCCUCCUUCAACAGAACCCCAAUACCUUGGAUGCCUUCAGGAGACUUCUCAGAGUACCAGACUGCAGUCAAUGUGCCAAUGAGUGGUGAAACAGAAGAGUUGUAAAUCCCCACUGCCAAGACCUUCCCUUUUUUCUCAGCCCUUUCUAUAUGCAAGUUGAUAGUAAGGAGCGGAAAAGUGCAACUCUAGCUCUGUCAGCUCUUUCUUUCUUUUGCCUGUAGCCAAGACAAGUCCCAAGCAGGUUCUAAACUUCUCUUCACUAUAUUGUUAAUCUAAAUCAGACACAGUUUGAGGAAGAGGAGCUUUUUAUUCAGCAGCACAUAAGAGGCCAAGACUAAGGAAGUGUUUUCCUGUUUAGCAAUGCUACAUGCUGCCUGUCUGAUUGAUAAUAAACCUGUUUUGUCAUGUGUUAACAAAAAAUAAAACACCAAGACGAAAAACA